AUGCCUGGCAUCUUGCUUACUAACGCACGGUCCCUACUUCACAAACUUGAUGAGUUCUGCUUGACUCUGUCCCUGAAUAAGAUCGACAUAGCGGCAGUUACUGAGUCCUGGUUCUCAGCUGACCUACCGGAAGAGGUCACAUCGGUCGACGGUUACAACCUUUAUCGCAAGGAUCGACGUAACAGGAGAGGCGGAGGAAUCGCCCUUUAUAUCAGUAAUGAUAUCAAGGCAAAACUUGUCGACAUCGCCGUACCUGACAACCUAGAGUGCAUCUGGACACAACUGCAACCACAACGGACCCCCCGUGAUGUUCCUGUACUGUACAUGGGAGUUCUGUACCAUCCUCCUUGGGCAAACGAAAAACUCUUGCAAGAUGAGACAAUCCAACACCUCAUCCACACUUUAGACACAAUCAGAAGAAAACACCCUCUUGCCGGCAUCAUUCUAUGCGGAGAUUUCAAUAAUCUCCCCAUCCAACCGUUGUUAUCCAGUCACCCAGAGCUCAAACAGGUUGUGACCGGUGCCACUCGCGCUAACUCAACGUUGGACCUCAUCAUUACUAACGUUCACCACCAGUAUCACGUACCGGACAUCAUAGCUCCACUCGGUUCCAGCGACCACAAUUGCAUCCUUUGGAAGCCAAAAGUCUCUAACCAACAUAGCGGUCUGCUACCCAGGAUCAAGCACCGCCUUGUCACACAGGAAAGAAAAGAAGCACUUGGCUUAUGUAUGUGCAUCACCGAUUGGUCCGCCGUCUAUAACGCUGUAUCAGUAGAAGACAAAGUGGCCACGUUCAACAGAAUCCUACAGACCAUGCUCGACGUUUGUGUUCCCCUGAGAACUAGCAAAUCGCGAAAUGUGGACAAGCACUGGAUGACAGACAAGAUCAUGGCCGCUAUCAAGAAAAGACAGUCAGCCUACAAGAAGCACGGCAAAACAGAGAAGUGGAAAAAACUUCGUAACUGGGUCCAGACACUCAUCAGAAAGCAGAAGAGCAGCCACUAUAACAGAUGUAUCGGUAUGUUAAAGAAGGAGAAUCCACGAGAAUGGUGGAACUUUGUCAACAAUGAACUUGGACGCACACAGAAAUCAAAGGGGAAAGUCACCGUCUCUGAUGUCCCAGACGAUCGAGUUGCGGAUGCACUAAACGACUUCUUUGCGGAAGCGUGGUCGGACAGUAGAGCCUACAGUCUCUUCCCACUCCAGCUCCCCUCCAACUCCGAUGACCUCUGCAGCAUUGGCCAAGUUAAAGCCAUCUUAAGGAGUCUGAACACUAGGAAAUCAGGUGGACCUGACGGCAUUCCGAACUGGGUUCUCAGUGUGUACCAUGAAGACCUAGCUCCAGUCGUGACUCACCUGAUAAACUCCUCCUACAACUCCGGAUACAUGCCUUCCGUGUGGAAAAUGGCGAAUGUUUGCCCCAUACCAAAAACGUCUGUUCCUGCAAGCAAGAAGGAUUGGCGGCCUAUCUCCCUUAUCUCGACCCUCGGAAAGGUACAAGAAAGGCUUGUGCUGAACAGAUUUCUACCGAUUAUGAAGCCCUGGAUACGGGAUCAGUAUGCCUACAUGCCAAAAGCUUCGACCACUGUCGCUCUUCUGAAAGUGUACCAGUCCUGGUUGCAAAGUUUAGACACCAAGAAGACAUCAAUGGUCCGUGUGCUCCUGGCUGAUAUGUCAAAGGCUUUUGACAGAGUCGACCACGGAAUACUGCUACAACAUCUGGAUGCCCGUGGUACGCCCCCUAGGAUGCUUGCUUGGAUCUCCAGCUAUCUAUCCAGCAGGACCCAACGCGUGGUCGCCAACAACCAGUACAGCAGUUGGCGCGUUGUCACCUCUGGGGUCCCCCAAGGUGGGGUGCUAUCCCCUUACCUAUUUCUUGUGUACAUGUCUACAAGAACCACCAAGCAUGAGACCACCGAUAACACCGGCUACGCCGAUGAUAUAGGUCUGUCUCGCACCAUCCCCUGUGAUGCUGUCGAGACUGAUGACACCAUGCAACAAGAAGCCACACAACUGGACUCCUGGGCAGCGGACAAAAACAUGAUCAUGAAUGGGGACAAAUCCUACGAACUCAGACUGUGCUUCUCCAAACACCCUCCCGAGCCCCCUCCCCUUACUCUUGGGGGGAAAGUAGUGCCAGUGGUUGACUGUGCGACUUACCUGGGUUUUAAGGUACAUUCCAACCUCAGAUGGGACAGCCAUAUCACACAUGUGACAACGAAGGGCUCCAAACGACUACACUUCCUCCGCUUACUGGCCAAGGGCGACAUGCCUCCUAAAGACCUGUUAACCGUCUACACUACUCUGGUGAGGCCAGUGUUGGAAUAUGCCCACGUUGUCUUCGUUGGAUGCACUGAGUCUCAAAGGAACACUCUCGAACGCGUACAGAAACGAGCUCUGCGUAUCAUCUACGGACACAGCAGCAAUCCAGCGUCGUUGGCUCCCUUGCCCACCCUGCAGUCCAGACGAGAAAACGCUGCAAGAUCGCUAUACACGCAGAUGCUGGCCAGUGACCAUCCUUUGCACUUUAUGGUCCCUGACGACAUGGAGGUUGCGACAGGACGAACAUUGCGUAACUCCAGUCACCGAACACUACCUAAAUGCAGGACCGAAAGACUCAAACGAUCAUUCUUGUACCGAGCCACAGUGCUCCACAACAACUCGUUUUAA